UGGCAGGCAAGUCAAUGGAGUGGCCAAUGGCAGAAACGCUUAGUCAGGGUGCUUCACAGACUGUGAUUGAUUUCCCUCCAAUGACCCCUCUCACACAGUGGCACAGAGAGUAAUUCAGCUCAGCCAACACAUUCUGGAAGUGGAUGAAAGGAAGUACAAACUCACUGUAACGCAGCCUCGUAUGAGCUUAGAUCCAGACCAGGUUGUCUUAAGGUUAUCAGCAACUAUUAACUACCACCACCUUCCUUGUGGAAUCACUGCAUUGGAGAGCUUUUGUGAGAGCUACCCAAAGGUCCAGAUAACCUACGCUGCUACCGAGCCACUCUGUACACUGUCCGGUUCCUAUUCACAAGUUCAGGCUGUCUUGGCUCAACUACUCGACCAUCUUCCUCAAGAUCCAGGGUCAGCAGACAACAAAGAGCCUGGUCAAAGUGCCGCCAAUGGGUCCUGGUCUGUUCAGCCCUCACAGAAGCAUCAAGCUCAAGUGUCUGACAAUACGAGGAGAAAACCACACAAGGAAAAGAAACAAGAAGAAAAUAAUGACACUGGCAGGACAUCUACUAAGAAGGACUUGGGCUCAAAAAGGGAUCUGACACCUGGGGGUUAUGGCUGGGAGGAUGGAAGCAACACGGAGGCUGGAGCCUUACAGCCCCCUCCCACGUUCGUAGAGGACUUCACUUUAAUUGUGGAUGCAGACUUGUUCCAGUACCUGGAGAGACACUGCAGGACGGAGUACCAUCAUAUCCUCAGUCGCUAUAACACUGAGGUCAUACCUGAGACGAACCAGGGCGUGACCACCCUGUUUCUUAAAGUUGCAGAAACGGCAGGGAUGGGGGAGAGGCAGCAGCAGGAGUGUUUGAAGCUGGCUAGUGAGGCAAUAAGUCAGCUUUAUCAGGAAAACGAGACGAUGAUCCGUCGAUCUCAGGUCUCUAAGUCUAGCUUGUCCCCCAGAGGAGGACUGCAACUGGCUGUGGAGAAUUUACGUCUCAAACUUCCCAAACUUCUUCUGAAUGAGGACGAGAAAAAUAUUUACAUCAUUGGGAGGAGUAGUGAUGUGUCUGAAGCAAAGCUCCUUCUUCUGGACUGUGAUAGAGAGAGAGAUACAAGGAAGGAUGAAGGUAGCCUUCUUCGGUACCCUUUGUAUGAUUCAGGUUCAGCGUCUUCAUCGCAAGCUCAUGAAGAACAAGUCCCUCAUGGUGUGACCUCAACCGUGGGAUCUUGGGAUUUGGAAGAUGAAGGUAGAGCUGAUGGAGCCAAAAAGUAUAAACUUGCGGCACGGUUUAAAGAUUCGGGGAUGCCUGCGUUGGGCUCUCGAUUUCCAACCGACUUCUCCUUCAGAACAAACCCAUCGCCCAGUAGGCAAACAGGUCUCAGUCCAUUGUUAGGGUAUGAUGGACCGUCAGCAGUAGCCCAAAACACUGGAGAGGACAUAUUGUUUAGACCAAACUAUGCAUUAGUUCCACCUACCGCCAUGCAGAAUAAAACCUCUUUGAACAAAGAAAUGGAUACUAAACCCAAGAAUACAGUGCCCCCGUUUAGUACUUCUCAUUCCAAGCCGCCCGAAAGCGCUUCACUUCCACCUCCAGGGUCUGGUUCCACCUUGAAGCGGGCCAGCAGUUUCUCAGGAACGCUUCAGCAGAAGACUCAAGUUGCGGGUCAGAAAAGCCUCGGCGAUGCCAGCAAGUCAUCAGUCAGGGCCCGGGGGAGAUCCUCUAGCUUCAGUAGCCUAACAGGAAGAGACAAGCACGAAGUCCACAACGCAGAGAUUUCUGUUUCCAGUGUUAUGUGGGAUUACAUAAAGGAUGCCUACCAAACCCGAGUGGAGGACCUUACCUCUGAUGUUCAGGUGAAAGAGAGUGGCAAAGAGGGUAGUAGUAAGGAUCUGACUAUUGUCCUAAAAGGGGCAAACUCGGCCAAAUUGACUUCAUGCCAGCAAAGUUUACAGAAGCUAGUUGACUCGGUUAGUGAAGACUUCUAUAUUGUUGGACUACGUUUUUCAGAGCUCGGCGUCACUGAUGAAGCAGAUGCAACCCUCCAGGCUUGUUGCUCUGAGAUAAGGAGCCGCUUUAAGAAGGUUACCGUCCACAUUUCGAAGGAAGUGUUAUAUCUUGUUGGACCAAAACAGUUGUGUUCCAAGGUUGGUGCUUCACUUCGGGAAGUAUUUAAAGGGGAACCGGGGCAACACCUCUUCUCUAACCCCCCUUACGACUAUUCUCCCGGUUCUGUACGAAUGAGCGCGGACCUAACAACUGGAUUGCAUUUACACGGUGAAUCUCAGGUGAUGCAAGAGACCCAGUCAGGUAAAGCUGCGGGGAACAGCGUGAGCCAGGAUUGGAAAACAACCUACAGAAGUGACUUUGGGGAGAAGGAGGUUGUAAAUGGAUCUGUUAGUCAAUCAUCAGUGAGGAAAGAGCCUGUUAUUAAGGAGAAAGUGAAUAUUACAGCUAAAGCGGGGGCAUAUGGACAGAAGCUUCAGCCAUUGAGUAAUCACUCUAUGACAAGAAAUGAUGCAGGUCCGAGUCCUGUGAAUGGCACCACUCCAAAAGCAACCAAGAAAGAGAGAACCACGCAUGCGACCAAGGGAGAUAGCACACGGCAAAGGCAUGCGGAAAUCCCGAACCAUCCAGAGGAAUCCAGGUUAGGUCAGGGAGGUCAGGCCAUCUGUAACUGUGAGCAGAGCAUGGCGAUAUUGACGAAGUGUGGGCUUAGCAUGUGCCCAAGGUGCCUGGAAACACAGCAUCACAACUGCAGCGUUUGUCAUGAGACGGACCAAACACCUCGUGGCCUGCGUGGCGACAUGAAGACGUCCAGAUUACAGAUCAGUUUACCGGGUCACAUCAAGGACUUAGUCAUAAAGAUCACUUACCGUAUUCCCGAUGGGAUCCAAGGGGACAAUCACCCAUCUCCUGGAAAACCAUUUAAAGGAGGUCUAUUCGAGGCCUAUCUCCCCGACUCUGCCAAUGCGAAGAAGCUUAUUCCCAGACUGCUGAAAGCCUUCAAGCAGGGACUCACCUUCACGGUGACAGGCCAGGGUGAAGAAGCCACCGUCAUCUGGGGUUGCAUCCCACAUAAGACCAGCACAAUUGGAGGCAAAGCAGAGAAAGGCUACCCAGACUCCAGUUACCUGACGCGCUUGUCUGCAGUCCUGAACAAGUAUGGGAUUGAGUAGCCAGGUUCCACAAAGAAAACAACGAAGAGAAGGAA